AUGCUGAGAACGACAGUGUGCCAUGUGAAGAGCGACAGUGCGCCAUGUGAAGAGCGACAGUGCGCCAUGCGAAGAGAGACAGUGCGCCAUGAGAAGAACGACAUGUGGCUCAACAAAGUGUGGCUCAACAAAGUGUGGCUCAAAAAAGUGUGGGCCAACAAAGUGUGGCUCAACAAAGUGUGGCUCAACAAAGUGUGGCUCAACAAAGUGUGGCUCAAAAAAGUGUGGCUCAACAAAGUGUGGCUCAACAAAGUGUGGCUCAACAAAGUGUGGGCCAACAAAGUGUGGCUCAACAAAGUGUGGCUCAACAAAGUGUGGGCCAACAAAGUGUGGCUCAACAAAGUGUGGCUCAACAAAGUGUGGCUCAAAAAAGUGUGGCUCAACAAAGUGUGGGCCAACAAAGUAUGGCUCAACAAAGUGUGGCUCAAAAAAGUGUGGCUCAACAAAGUGUGGCUCAACAAAGUGUGGGCCAACAAAGUGUCGCUCAACAAAGUGUGGGCCAACAAAGUGUGGCUCAACAAAGUGUGGACCAACAAAGUGUGGCUCAACAAAAGUGUGGCUCAACAAAGUGUGGACCAACAAAGUGUGGACCAACAAAGUGUGGCUCAACAAAGUGUGACUCACUAA